AGGCUUGGGCAGCCCUAUAAGAGCGGGGAGCCUCUUCGAGGUCGGAGACCAGAGGACAUGGCGUGGCGCGGAGUCGCCGUGGCCCUGGGGCCUGCUGGCCAGCUCCUCUUGCUGCUCUACAUCCAGACCCUGGCUGCUGACACCUGUCCAGAGGUGAAGUUGGUGGGUCUGGAGGGCUCCGACAAGCUCACCAUUCUCCGGGGCUGCCCGGGGCUGCCCGGGGCCGCAGGGCCCAAGGGAGAGACAGGCACCACUGGAGGGAGAGGAGAACGAGGUUCCCCGGGAGCCCCUGGGAAGGCAGGACCGCCUGGGCCCAAAGGAGACCGAGGGGAGAAGGGCCAGCGUGGAGAGAAAGGAGACCCUGGGCAGUCUGAGUUAUGUGCCACAGGACCCCGGAGCUGCAAGGAGCUGCUCACCAGGGGGCACUCUCUGAGUGGCUGGCACAUCAUCUACCUGCCCGACUGCCAGCCCCUGACUGUGCUGUGUGACAUGGACACGGACGGCGGGGGGUGGAUCGUUUUCCAGCGGAGGAGCGAUGGCUCCGUGGACUUCUUCCGGGACUGGGCCGCGUACAAGAAGGGCUUCGGCAGCCAGCUGGGGGAGUUCUGGCUGGGGAACGACAACAUCCACGCCCUGACUGCCCAGGGAACCAGUGAGCUCCGGGUAGACCUUGUGGACUUUCAGGGCAACCACCAAUUUGCCAAGUACCAGUCAUUCAAGAUAGCGAACGAGACAGAGAAGUACAAGCUGAUCCUGGGAGAUUUUGUCACGGGCAACGCAGGAGAUUCUCUGACAGCCCACAAGGAUCGGUUCUUCUCCACUAAAGACCGAGACAACGACCUGACUUCUUCAAACUGUGCAGAGCUGUACAAGGGGGCCUGGUGGUACAACCGUUGUCACUUGUCCAACCUGAACGGCUGCUACCUUGGCGGGCCCCACCAGAGCUACGGGGAUGGCAUCAACUGGUCGUCCUGGAGAGGAUACAACUACAGCUACAAGGUGUCCGAGAUGAAGGUGCGGCUCACCUAGCCUGCACGGCCGCAUCCUGGUCCGGGCGCCUCCUCGCCCCCAGCGUGGCAACGUUGGACAGCUUCGCCACCCCAGUGAAGCACAGUGCUCCCACGGCCCCCUGCUGCCCCUUUGCCUCCCAGCUCUGUGAAACCCUUGGUGUCAGAGCCCUGCUCCCCCAUCACUGUGUCCCAAUGCACACGCCCCCCAGCCUCACCAGAAGGAAGAAUUUGGUUUUUAAAGUGUUUGGUUAUGGUUUUUUUUCCCCCCAGUUUUAAUUUGUGUCUUAAAGAAGUUUUUUUUUUUUUUUGUGAGGAAGAUCAGCCCAGAGCUAACGUUUAUCGCCACUCCUCCUCCUUUUUCUCCCCAAAGUCCCAGUAGAUAGUUGUAUGUCAUAGCUGCACAUCCUUCUAGUUGCUGUAUGUGGGACGCGGCCUCAGCAUGGCCGGAGAAGCGGUGUGUCGGUGCACGCCCGGGAUCCGAACCCGGGCCGCCAGUAGCGGAGCGUGCACACUUAACCGCUAAGCCACGGGACUGGCCCCUUAAUUUGCGUCUUGAACUUCAGCCAUUCUGAGCAUUUUCCCAGAGCCAUUGUACAGCAGCUGCUUCUGAACCUGCUAGGUCAGGAAGGGUUAGGGUCCCCACUCAGCAGAUGAAAUCCCCGCCAUCCACAGAGUGCACAGGCUUCCCCAUGGGUCGUCAGCCCCAGCCUCAAGCUUCCUCUGUUAAUUGACAUAAGCGGUCCUUUCCCUCCCCGAAGUCUCCUGCAUCCCCUCACAACUUGCUCAUAGCGUCUUCACACAUCUUUAAAAAGGUCACUUUAGGCCUAGAAAACUCUCGUCAAAAAAGGGGAAAAAGUCAGACAGGACAUUUCUGCUUCCAGUCACGCAGAGUGGAUGCUUUGGGCCAGCUGUCCCCUGAGAACGGCUGAAAUGCCAAACACCGAUCCCCGAGGAAGGUGCUGCCGAGUCUGCUCAGCGAAGUGGGGUCAGCCAGCUAUCCACACGUGAAAUACAGAAUUGGGCCCCGACCUCGCACACACAAGCCUCAGCUCUGGGGUGACUGCAGACCCAAAUGUGUAAAGCCGAACAAGCCUUAUAGCAGAUGAUAGAGGAGCGUGUUCUCCAUCCGUCAGGCCAGGGAGAGAUUUCUUAACUAGGACUUCAGAAGCACCAGGCGUGCAGAAAAAGAUGGAUAAAUUCGAGUACAUUAAAAUCGAGAACUUCUGUCUGUCAAAGGACACCUUAAGAGAAUAAAAGGAAAGGCAUAGAGGGGUGGAA